CGCGGGAGCGCGCGCGGCUGAGAAGGGCGCGGGAGGCCGCGGAGCCGCGAUCGCCGCCAUAUUAAGGAGCGCGGAGCCGGGAAUCCCGUCAGUGGCGGCCGCAGCCGACCCGGCGGGGCUGCGGGCAGCGGAGGCGGUGCGGCGCGGCGCGGCGCCGGAAGAGGCGGGGCCUCGGAGCCAGCCGGUGACGGGAGCAAGCCAGGCUGACUUUGGCUGGCUGAACUUGGUGGCCUGACUUGGCCGGCAGCCGUACCUGCCCUGCCCCACCAUGGACCAGGACUAUGAGCGGCGCCUCCUUCGGCAGAUUGUCAUCCAGAACGAGAAUACAAUGCCGUGUGUCUCAGAGAUGCGGCGGACCUUGACACCUACCAACUCCCCCGUGUCCUCCCCCAGCAAGCAUGGGGACCGCUUCAUCCCCUCGAGAGCGGGCGCCAACUGGAGUGUCAAUUUCCACAGGAUCAAUGAAAAUGAGAAGUCUCCCAGCCAGAACCGGAAAGCCAAGGAUGCCACCUCGGACAAUGGCAAAGAUGGCCUGGCCUACUCAGCCCUGCUGAAGAAUGAGCUGCUAGGGGCCGGCAUUGAGAAGGUGCAGGACCCACAGACGGAGGACCGCAGGCUGCAGCCUUCCACGCCCGAGAAGAAGGGCCUGUUCACGUAUUCCCUCAGUACCAAGCGCUCGAGCCCUGAUGACGGAAAUGAUGUGUCUCCCUACUCCUUGUCACCAGUCAGUAACAAAAGUCAGAAGUUAUUGCGAUCCCCACGAAAACCCACCCGCAAGAUCUCCAAGAUCCCCUUCAAGGUUCUGGAUGCACCUGAGUUGCAGGACGACUUCUACCUGAACCUGGUGGACUGGUCAUCUCUCAAUGUGCUCAGUGUGGGGCUGGGCACCUGCGUGUACCUGUGGAGCGCCUGCACCAGCCAGGUGACCCGGCUCUGUGACCUCUCUGUGGAAGGGGACUCGGUGACUUCUGUGGGCUGGUCUGAGCGGGGGAACCUGGUGGCCGUCGGCACGCACAAGGGCUUUGUGCAGAUCUGGGACGCAGCUGCGGGGAAGAAGCUCUCCAUGCUGGAAGGCCACACAGCUCGAGUUGGAGCGCUGGCCUGGAAUGCCGACCAGCUCUCAUCUGGGAGCCGGGAUCGCAUGAUCCUGCAAAGGGACAUCCGCACCCCGCCCCUGCAGUCGGAGCGGCGGUUGCAGGGCCACCGGCAGGAGGUGUGUGGGCUCAAGUGGUCCACGGACCACCAGCUCCUUGCCUCAGGAGGCAAUGACAACAAGCUGCUGGUCUGGAACCACUCGAGUUUGAGUCCCGUGCAGCAGUACACAGAGCACCUGGCAGCCGUGAAAGCCAUAGCCUGGUCCCCACAUCAGCAUGGGCUGUUGGCAUCCGGCGGUGGCACAGCCGACCGCUGCAUCCGCUUCUGGAACACGCUCACAGGGCAGCCACUGCAGUGCAUCGACACAGGCUCCCAGGUGUGCAACCUGGCCUGGUCCAAGCACGCCAAUGAGCUGGUUAGCACACAUGGCUACUCACAGAACCAGAUCCUGGUCUGGAAGUACCCGUCCCUGACCCAGGUGGCCAAGUUGACCGGGCACUCCUACCGAGUUCUGUACCUGGCCAUGUCCCCUGAUGGAGAGGCCAUCGUCACUGGUGCUGGAGACGAAACCCUGAGGUUCUGGAAUGUCUUUAGCAAAACUCGUUCGACAAAGCCAGGGUGCCAGGAAACAAUGGUGCCUACUCAUGCUCCUCCUCUGGUCCGAAGCCUGUUCCCGUCCAGCUGCGCGGGCUCAGCUUUCUCUCCUGUGUGCCCUGCAGGAAUCUGUGUCUGUCCUCAACCUCUUCACCAGGAUCCGGUAAACCACGGGCCCAGCCAUCAGGGCAGAGGAGCACCACCUGUCAUCACGUGCAUGACCCUCCCUCCUGCACAUGUUCCCAGAGGAAGCAGCUGGGGUGGGCGGGGAGCCGGGCCCAGAGAGACCCUGAAGAUUCUCAUUAAAGCCUGAUUGCGAACCCUGUCAGCGGUGUUUGGGGUGGGGAUGUGGUUGGGCACCAGCAGGCACGCAGGGUUCCGGCUCCCUUCACACCAGGUGGCCCCAAGGCCCCAGCUUUGACCGUCUACACUCGGAUGGGGAUGGACGCCUCCCUGGACCCCACCUGCUUCCCUUUAUGUCCAUCGUCACUUUGUUGAGCUGCAUGCUCUUCCCAGAAGCAUGGGUUCACCAGUAUUGCCACUGCCCACGUCUGCGACGGGAGUAACAGCUGGAUGCCAAGCCAGUCAGCCAGGGGAGGGCCCAGCAGCAGGACGGUUCAGGUCAGCCCGUGGAUCCACAGGACUCCUGAUAGGUCUCUUGCGGCCACGUCUGCUGUCCCUUUGCUGGCAGCUAUCCCGGUGACUUUGCUAGGGGCCAGGCAUCAGGAGCAGGCCCAGGCAGGCUGUGCACCAGAGGAGGUCAUCUCGAGAUGGACUUGUUCCAGGAAAACGGAAGUUGGGUCCACUUGUCAUCAUGAGCUUGCCCUGACCCUGCACUGUCCUUGUCACUGACGGGGACACAGCUGAGCUCUGUCACCAGCGGGACUACGGUUCCUGCGGCUUGCUGGGUGUACAGAUCUAGGUGGCCUAAGGGUGCCUCGCCCUCCUCCCAGGUUCCUUCCCCAUCAAGCUAUCCCAUGUGUCCUGUCCAACCAUGCCUAUGACCAUGGGGAAGCCAGGGAGGAGAGCGAGAGGAGGGGGCAACCACUGGUCCCCCAGAAGCUUUCCAGGUGUCCUCUGAUCCUGCCCCCACCCUGUUGUCCUCUGGCCAAGCUGGGUACCACCUCUCUUCCAGACCUGGAGAAAUUGGAGGGAGAGAGGUGGACCAGGUGUGGCGAGAAGGCAGAGCAGGUCUGGGGGGGGGCGGAGGUCACUCUGGCUCUGCUUCUAGGUCCCCCUCAUUUAGUGUUCCCCCCGCAAUCGGCCAUGUGUGUGCAUGUGUAUAUAUGUAUCUGUGACUUUUCUUUGGGAUUGUUUUGUGUUUUGUAGAUGGGUCCCAGAAAUGUUUGAGGCUAAUUAGAGAAGGGCAUGGCCCACCCAACCUGCCUGGGGGUGACAGGAGUCACAGCUUUUAAAGCCUUCAUUUAGGAGGGGUGAUCAGCUGAACCUGCUUGGAUUUGGGGAAGGGUGGGACCCUGCCCCAUCCCAGCAUCUGUGUGCCAUAGCCUCAAGCAAGGACAGUGUACAUAGAUUUGUGUAUUUCGAUUGGUCAUCUUAUUUUUGAGUGUUUUUUUAAGAGAAAACAAUCCUUCCCUACCACAUGCUCACCCUGUGUAGCUGCCGAAGAGCCAGGAGCUGGCUCUGUGUCGGACCCGCGCCUGGGAGUUGAGACAACAGAGAGGAAUGUGUGUCCCCGGCCUGCGGGCCUGGGGCUGCAGAGUAGCCCUGUGUCGUCUAGUGGAGUAUCACUGUCAUUAUACCAGGUAUGGGCUCAUGCACGGCUGGGCUGGCUGUCCAUCUGGCUGGGGUGGCUGACAGCUGCAGUCUGCACAUACCCAGGCCCCAGACCAGCCUGAACGUCACAAACAGGUGAUGAGCACCCUGCCCUGGGUGCGCUCUCUGAGGGAUGCCUGUGUCUCUGAUUUCAUGUUCUAAUAGGGAUAAGGGUGACAUGCAUUCACACCGUCCCUGCAGCUGGAGGGGUGGGGGUGGUCUCCACAUGCAGUGAGAUGGAGGCAGGGGAGGGAGGGCCUACUGGGGGCUGCAGGCUGCACAGGAGCUCUCAGAGCAGGCCCUGCUGCCAUCUCCACCUGACGUGACUGAAGUCAGCAGUGGGGGCAUCGCCCACCCAGUGUCUGCACUUGUGCAAAGUUGAAGGGUGGGUGGGGCAUAGUCUGUCAGGCACCCUUGAUUAUUGAAUGUGGCUUUUUGGGGAAAGGGGAAAAGGGAGUUAAGGGUGAGGCAGAGGCCAGUGCAGCGGUGAGGCCCUAAGAGCCCAGGGCGGAGACAGGACCUUGCAGCUGCCUGUGACUGCAGAGCCUGCAGGCCUUUUCCUCCUGGGGCAGAUCCCUGACCUAGGCACUGGGGACAACAAAACAGACCAGACGCCAAGACCUGCCCUCAUGGGGCUUCUGUUGGGUGUGAGUGGGAGGUGUGUGCUGUGUGAGGGAAGAAGGAGACUUUAGGAAAGGACAGCUUUGGAUCCAGGACUUGCUACAAAGCUGAUGUUUGAGCAAGGAAGGGUUCGGACAAGAGCAGGAGGCCUCUGGGCAGAGGACUUUACAGCCUGUGUAAAGGCCCCGAGAGGAAAGUUCCUGGAGUGUGGAGAGCAGUGAGGAGCCCUUGUGGUACAGCAGAGUGAGCAAGUGGAGGGGAGGGAGGGAGGAAGUGAGGGCAGCGAGGGGCCUGGGCAGGUCUUGCAGGGCCUGGUGGUGAAUGUGGAGACGUGACCACUGGCGCAGGGGCACAGAGAGGCCACAGAGGCGGCUCUGCCAGGCUGUGAUGAUGUGACUGGCCUGGACCCGGUGGAGGUGGUGAAAAGCGGGGAGAUUGUGGAUUUUAUUAUUUUUUAAUUGUGGUAAAAUAUGCAUAACUUAAUGUUUACCUUCUUAAACUUAACAUUCCGUGGCAUUUGGUGUAUUUAUAAUGUUGUGCAAACAGCACCUCCAACUCCAGAACAUUUCCAUCACCCUCCCAAAAACCACACCUCCACUCAGUCCCCUCCGCCCCCGGCAGCCAUGAACCCACUCUGUCUCUGGAUGGGCCUGUCCUGGACAUUUCCCAUAAACGGAAUCACACACUA